GAUUCGACUUCCCAUUUCGUGCAUCCACUUUCUGAAAGACUCAUAACUUUCUUGGUUAAUCUACAACUGCAUGAAUUCCAGAACGCUCAAAUUGCAAGUACGAUAGCUUGACGAAUACUUCAAUAUUACCCCGAUCGAACUUCCAAGUGAUGCCGGCUUAUGUACCUGUCUUCCCGCUUGUGGACCUCACGGUACAAUUACAGUCAACACCGUCUACAAGCUCAGUGGAUUCUGGACAUGAACUACCAGCACUACGUCUUAGUUAUACGGAACAAUUAUCUCGAGCUCAUGAGCAAUUAGCAUCCUUGCCAACUGAGCUCUGCCCACCUUCUUGUCCUCCAUCGCCACAUUUUGAAUCUCACGCAGAACUUAUUCGCGAGAGGAUUCUUGAGGCUAUUAACGUAUCAGGAGGCGAAUCCUCCAAUCCCAAGUGGGGACAUGUUACCAGAUUGGUCCGAAUGGGUUGCACAAGCAGAGGGUACCGAGGUGCUGCCCCUGGCGUUCGGGUGGGAUCUACCUCCGCUGUGGAGGUGCAUGGUUAUCAAUGGACGCUUCCGGAGACAGAAGAGGAGUGGAAGGAAUGCGAGAAACGGUGGAAGAAAUGCAGUCGCGUGAUAGUAGGCAAGGAUCGAGAAAUGAUUUCGAAAUAUUGGCCUCAAGACGCAGCGCCUCGGCCCAACCUUAGUCAAGCCAUGGCCAACGGGGAACAGACGAAAUCAAAAUCCCAGAGGGUGCGCGAAAAGGUUGAGAGUUGGCAGGCCAAAUUGAUUCACCUCGUUGAUGAGACACCGUCCCAAACGCCUCCGCUCGAUGUGGUCCCCGAACCGAAUGGUCAGAAGGAAGUUACUCUGGAAGCACCCAAACAAUCUUCUCUAGAAUUUCCUGUGGUCAAACGCCUUGUAGGACACGGAAUGAAACCAAGGCCGGAACACGUCGUGCCUUCGAUUGACCCCAAACUGCCGACUGCGUCACCAAUGGAUGUUGAAAUAUCUUCGCCAGCAGCUGAUGCAGCUAAACCUCCGGAUCAGUUAGCUUCUGAACCCAUGGCGGAGCAGAAAGCAGCAGGCAUCUCUGAUAUACCUGAGAUGUCUUUCCUACCACCUUCGUUUCCUACAUACCUACAGACAUCAACGCCACAUGAGUCACGCCUCAAGGCGAAACCUCCUGCGAGCCGAGAGAAACCUCCCCCGAUCUAUCCUCGACUUUUCCUAUCGUCUUCUCCCGGUUCCCCUCCUUUCACGAGGUCUUCUGAGUUUGAUCCCGCCCAACCACGGCGGAAGCUUAAUGUACUCGUAGCUCCGUUCUCUAGCUCGCCGACAUUAUCUCUACGGAAUGCGCAAAAGCGGCAACGGCCCUUGACACCUCGUGAUGAAGAUGACGAUCCUUUCAUCUCGAGACCGAAUGUUCCGCCGUCCAAGAAGCAGAAACUCGACGAGCAUCCUGAGCCCGAUCCCGUACUGGACCAUGCACCUAUUUCUAGUGCGCCUCUUCCACCAUCAACCCCACCUCUUCCACCCGCCACGCCACCGUUAUCAAGAUCCAAGACACCAUCACCUCGAACUCAGAGCAAGGAUCUGGGUAACGCCAGAGGCUUACCAAUUCCUUCGACCCCCGAUCGCAAAGCGCUACCGACCCUCACGGAGUUACUUGCUUCGUCACGUCGGUCAAGACCGCGACCGAGGCCGCCCUCGCGCAAACUCAAGUCGGCCCCUAGUACGCCUUCACGCCAUGGCCCGCGCAUUACCAAGCCAUUUGCUGUUGCUGAUAGGGAUGACGUGGAGGAAGAGGAAAAAGAUGUUCUUCCUAUGAUUAUCGAGAACCCACGUUCGCCAUCGCCAGUAAGGACAUAUUUCUCGUCUCCAGCUUCAGGCUCGUCCGAAUCGACGCCUCAGUCGAUACGACAAAAACGAUUAGGAUCUCCUGUUUCUCCAUUGGCAUCCCCAGCUCUGAAGAUGGGUCGAUUUGUACCGGCGUUCGUCUCUACUCAGAAAUUCGGAGGACCCGUGUUCGGGGCUGGAAUUGAGAGUCAGACUCAGACGGGUUUGGUGCCUCCGGCUGCUGGAGGCUUUAUGGGGUUCAACAGUCAGUUCGAUGUUGAUGGUCGCAUCGACCAGGUGAGCGAGUUCUUAGAGAGGGACGUCGACUUUGACGGUUGGUUGAGGGAUAUACCCGAGGUCGAGGCAGAGAUGGAGAGUCAGAGUCAAGGUAAGCCACCACUUGGUCACAGUCAAGGCGAAGUCGGGGUACAAUGACGUGCGAUUGAGUGAGGGCUUGAAUGCUUGCCCUAUUUAUGACUAUGUUUAUAUCCCGUUCAAGUCACACUUUGUAUAUCCAUAUUGUUAUAUUAUGACAGAAGCCGUGGGUAUUGCUAUCCAUUUAAACAAUACACGAUACAAUACAGUCUCAAUCUUUCACAUCUC